AUGCCCAUCAGCUACCUGAUUCUGCUCUCCCGACAGGGCAAAGUGCGCCUUGCUAAGUGGUUCACUACUCUGUCUCCCAAGGAGAAGGCCAAGAUCAUCAAAGAUGUGACUCAGCUGGUUCUGUCGCGCCGGACGCGCAUGUGCAAUUUCCUUGAAUACAAAGACUCGAAAGUCGUCUACCGUCGCUAUGCUUCUCUCUUCUUCAUCGCUGGCUGCUCGUCCACGGACAACGAACUGAUCAACCUCGAGAUCGUGCACCGCUACGUGGAGCAGAUGGACAAAUACUACGGGAACGUGUGCGAGCUAGAUAUCAUCUUCAACUUCCAGAAGGCAUACUUCAUCCUGGAUGAGUUGUUAUUGGCGGGAGAGAUGCAGGAAAGCAGCAAGAAGAACGUGCUACGGUGCAUCAGCCAGCAGGACAGCUUGGAAGACAUGGAGGUUGAGGAAGAUGUGGUCACCAAGAUCAUGUAA